UUGCUCUUUUCUGCUGAACAAUCAAAUCCUGUGACCGUCUGCUCUGCAGGAGAAAUGGCUGAAGCCAAGAAAACCCCAUGUCUGAACGAGCGGAUCCUGUCGUCGCUCUCGAAGCGAUCCGUGGCUGCGCAUUCCUGGCAUGAUCUUGAGAUAGGACCUGGAGCUCCUGAGGUUUUCAAUGUUGUUGUUGAGAUCACAAAGGGGAGCAAAGUGAAGUAUGAGCUUGAUAAGAAGACUGGGAUGAUCAAGGUUGAUAGGGUGCUCUACUCGUCGGUGGUGUAUCCGCAUAACUAUGGUUUCAUUCCACGGACACUCUGUGAAGAUGGGGAUCCAAUGGAUGUGUUGGUCCUGAUGCAAGAACCGGUGAUUCCUGGUUGCUUUCUUAGAGCUAAGGCCAUUGGCCUUAUGCCCAUGAUUGAUCAGGGUGAGAAAGAUGAUAAGAUCAUUGCAGUUUGCGUCGAUGAUCCUGAGUUCCGCCACUUCAAUGAUCUGAAGGAGCUCUCUCCCCACCGCCUUGCUGAAAUCCGCCGCUUCUUCGAAGACUACAAGAAAAAUGAAAACAAGGAAGUCGCUGUAAACGAUUUCUUGCCACCGGCCACUGCUCUGGAGGCCAUCAAGUACUCCAUGGAUCUUUAUGCUGAAUACAUCCUGCACAGUCUGAGGCGUUAGUUGCCAACGCCUGAUGGUGCAAUCAGCUUCCUAAAUACCAUAAAGAAGACAAAUAAUUCUCUUGGAUGAUGCUCCUUCAGGAGCCAUAUUUGCAGUAUGUCUGAAACAAGGGAUGCUGCCUAUGCUUCUUUCUGCAUAUAUGUUCAGAAUAUGCAGAUCAAUAUAUCCUCGAUUGCUCACAAAUACGUUGGUCCAACUAAUUUCAGGCCGAAUCAUCGAUUGCAUGAUAAACGGUGUAAUUUUUGUACUGCAAGUGAUAAGUAUUGUAUAAUGCCUUGUCUAAAAUACUCCUUUAACGAUUAUGUAUUGACCUUUUGAUUUGUUUUGACUGUUAACUGUAUGACAUUGAUUUUAUACGUGUUGAUCUCUAUGAAGGCAGUAUUGUUUUGGACUUUUAAUUGU